AUGUGGACCUCGGCGUUCAACUUUCUGCUAGCCCUGCUCAUAUUUGCAUUCAAUCUACUCGUGCUCAUUGCUAUCUCGUCUGACAAACAUCUUCACUCCACUACACAUCUACUUAGCUGUAAUCUUUGGUUGUGUAACUGCAUAUCUGCUAUUGUUACUAUAUUCUUCAGUCUUACACCACCAUAUCAAAACGUUGUUCACUGCUCCAUUGAUGGCAUAUACAACAUUGUGUCAGUAAACGGCGAAGUAACGCAACAUGUACGUUCGUGGGGUGGUGACGGAUGGACCACAGUGGAACGAUCUGGUGCUCACGCAGCCGCGGUACUGCUCAACUCAACAGUUAGCCUACUCACUCUGCUUACUAUCGGUGUAGUUCAUGCACUUUCACGACACAACUACCUCUUAUCCAAAUGUCAGUCAUCACGUCUGGUAGCCAGCAGCUGGAUAUUGGUAGCGAUUCUACUCCUAGCAGAUUUCCUUCUUGUUCGAACAUCACGAUCACUCGUACUUGCCGUACCAUUUCACCUCGCCCUUCUAUCUGUAUUCCUCCUUCUCAAUCUCAUCAUUCAUCCCUUGAAUCUCGUAUUGCUCAGCCGAACACGGUCUCAUACUCAGGGUUCUGAACGACCACGAAUGCUUGAAGAAUCUGCUACAGUUGCGCUGUGGCUACUACUCAACAGUCUAUCAUUCAUAAUUAUUGUAAUGAUGGUAUUAUGGGAGUCAAAGAAAAGCACAAAGGAGGUCGACUCUAUUAUGGGAAUUGAAAUGGCCGCCUACUCGGUACAUUGCAUCGCAAAUCCACUUAUUGCCGUUAUUCGCGAUCGACGACUCGAAAACACACUUGCACAUAUAAUGAUGCGUAACAAGCGGCCAACUAAUCGAAAAAAUGAUGCUGAUUUUAAGGGAGUAAUGACAACGGAUAUCACAACUUCACACAGCACGAUUCAGAAAUCGCAGUCCACCGAAGCCGGUUAUGUCCUCUAG